CUAGACGAAAACGAGGCUACUUUCCAAUUGUAUUUGCCACGGGGGAAAACGGUCGUUGACCAGCGUUCCGUUAGAAAGACAUGUCCCAGUAGGACUUUUUGUGAUCCGUAUAUACAGUUUUAAACGUUGUGUUUUCGUUCCGUUAGCAGCGUCGCUAACCCGGAAGUAGCGAUAUUGCAGCUAACAGUGUCUGCGUCUGACUGUGAACUGAAUCCAUCCCAGUUCAACGUUACCCGCUUGACGCUGCUCACAGCCUGCAUACCUCAUCAUGUCGGGAAACAACUUGGUUCUACCCAUAGUACUAUGGGGCCGCACGGCACCCACCCACUGCAUCAGCAGUCUGCUGGUGAUGGACGACUUCAACACCAUCAUCACCGGCUGCCACGACGGACAGAUCUGCCUCUGGGACAUGACACCUGAGCUAGAGAUUUGUCCCAGGGCUAUGUUGUUUGGCCAUACAGCCUCCAUCACCUGUCUGUCUAAAGCCAGCGCCUGCAGCGAUAAACAGUACAUUAUCAGUGCAUCAGAGAGUGGAGAGAUGUGUUUAUGGGAUGUUAACGACGGACGCUGUAUUGAGUUUACCAAGCUGGCCUGUGCUCACAUCGGUAUACAGUUCUAUCAGUUCGCCAUCGGCACCGAGAGGGAGGGACGCCUGCUUUGCAACGGCCACUACCCAGAAAUCCUUGUGGUGGACGCCACCAGCCUGGAGGUGCUCUACUCGCUGGUGUCCAAGAUCUCUCCAGACUGGAUCAGCUCCAUGAGCAUUAUCCGAUCCCACCGAACACAAGAGGACACAGUGGUGGCAGUGUCAGUGACCGGCAUUCUGAAGGUGUGGAUCAUCACAGCCGAGGUCAGCAGGAUGCAGGACAUGGACCCUGUAUUUGAAGAAGAGUCCAAACCCAUAUACUGUCAGGGCUGUCAGAGUAUCUCCUUCUGCACCUUCACUCAGAGCAGCCUGCUGGUCGUCUGCUCCAAGUACUGGAGGGUGUUUGAUGCGGGCGACUACUCGUUACUCUGCUCGGUGUCCAGUGACAAUGACCAGGCCUGGACCGGAGGAGAGUUCAUUGCCACAGACAAAGUCAUCAUCUGGACGGAGGAUGGCUGCAGUUACAUCUACAAGCUGCCCGCCAGCUGCCUGCCAGCUAGUGAACAUUUCCGCAGCGAUGUCGGGAAAACCAAAGAAGGCUCGAUCCCUCCGCUGGUCUACAGCAUUGCAGACCGCUCGGACAAACAGCUCCUGAUCUGUCCUCCAGUGACUCGGUUCUUCUUCGGCCGACGGGAGCCCUUCCACAAGCUGCUGAUCCAGGGAGACUCAGCGGGCAGGCUUUCCCUGUGGGGUAUUCCGGAUACCUCGCCUCUGCAGCCACUAUCCACCGCCGCAGAGCUGCAGGUGUCGUCCACCGUCAGUCUCCAGGAAGCAUUCAACAAGCUGACCCCCGUGUCUGCAGGGAUCAUUGACCAGCUCAGUGCUCUGCCUGGAAAAGAAGGACCCAUCAAGGUGACAGCCAGCGUCUACAUUCCCUCUCAGGGCCGCCUUGUGUGCGGGAGAGAAGACGGCAGCAUCAUCCUGGUUCCUGCCACACAGACCGCCAUCGUCCAGCUGCUACAGGGGGAGCACAUGCUACGGAGAGGCUGGCCGCCCCAUCGGACCCUGCGGGGACACAGGAACAAGGUGACAUGCGUCCUGUACCCGUACCAGAUCUCCCCGCGCUAUGACCAGCGCUCGCUGGUGUCCGGAGGGGUGGACUUCUCCGUCAUCGUCUGGGACAUUUUCACAGGAGAGAUGAAGCACAUCUUCUGCGUCCACGGGGGAGAGAUCACCCAGCUCAUUGUCCCGCCUGAGAACUGCAGCACCCGGGUGCAGCACUGUGUCUGCUCCGUGGCCAGCGACCACUCUGUCGGCCUGCUCAGCCUCAGGGAGAGGAAAUGCAUCAUGCUGGCGUCGCGACACCUCUUCCCCAUCCAGGUCAUUAAGUGGAGGCCGGCGGACGACUACCUGGUGGUGGGCUGCUCCGAUGGCUCCGUCUACGUCUGGCAGAUGGAUACAGGAGCCCUGGACCGCUGCGUGAUGGGCAUCACGGCUGUAGAGAUCUUGAACGCCUGUGACGAGCUGGCCCCAGCCACCGUGGAUGCCCUGAGUCACUCGGCCGUCAACCUAAAGCAGGCGAUGACCCGCCGCAGCCUGGCGGCGCUGAAGAACAUGGCCCAGCACAAGCUGCAGACACUCGCCACCAACCUGCUAGCUGCAGACAACGCCGACAAGGGCAACCUGCCGAAAUACUCCCACAAUGCCCUGGUGGUCCAGGCAAUGAAGACCAACCCGACGGACCCCGACAUGCACGUCCUGUUCUUUGACGUUGAGGCGGUGAUCAUUCAGCUGCUGACAGAGGAAGCCCAGAGACCAAACCCCAUCCUGGUGUCUCCAGAGACACUGCAGAAGACCCAGGCCGGGGCCGACAAGGGGGGGUCCUUCUUAGCCAACAAGAUCUUCAAACAGGUGAAGGAGACGAUGAAGGAGACCAUCAAGGAGCACCUGCUGGACGAAGACGAGGAGGAAGAGGAGGAGGAGAUGAGGAGGCGGGAGGAGAAGUCCAAGUCUCUGAGUCUGCUGGAGUACAACCUGACGAUGGACACGGCCAAACUUUUCAUGUCCUGCCUGCACGCUUGGGGCCUCAACGAACAGCUGGACGGCAUCUGUCUGGAACGACUGGGUAUGCUCAGGCCGCACUGCCCCAUCUCCUUCGGCCUGAUUUCCAGAGGAGGUCACAUGUCCCUCAUGCUGCCCACCUUCAAGGAGUCUUUGCUGCGGCAGUUGUCCUUGGCGACUGGUCUGAAGCUGACCCUGACGGACAUCGUGGGAAAAGGGACGUACGGCGUGUCGAGAGCAGUCACCACACAGCACCUGCUGUCUAUAAUUUCACUGGCUAACACCCUGAUGGGCAUGACCAAUGCUACCUUUGUCGGAGAGCACAUGAAGAAAGCGCCAGUCAGGCCUCCCAGACCAGGAGGAACCCCGGAGACUCCACGCAGGACACUGGCUGCCCCCUCCCAGCCCUCCAACCCGGCAUUACAGGCGCAGAUCAAACAGGGUUGGAGCCAGCUGGCAGCCAUGCACUGUGUAAUGCUCCCUGACCUCCUUGGCCUGGACAAGUUCAGACCUCCUCUGCUGGAGAUGUUAGCAAGACGAUGGCAGGACCGCUGUCUGGAGGUGCGAGAAGCAGCGCAAGCUCUCCUACUGGCUGAGUUAAGGAGGAUUGGACAAUCUGGACGGAAGGACACGAUCGACCUGUGGGCUCCCUACCUUCCUCAGUAUGUGGACACCGUCAGCUCCCCCGGGUCGGCCACUGAGCCCUCCCUUCCGGCCCCGCCUCCUCCCGAGGCUCAGCCAAUAGAAGCAAAGGUUCCAGAGGAGGAAAUGGACGUCACAGAUGAUGACGUCACCGCAGGCUGUCUGGCCAACCUUCCACCGAAUGCCAAGAAGAUCUCCAACUCAUUUGAGGAGCGCCGCAAACAAGCCACCGCCAUCGUGCUGCUUGGGGUCAUUGGGGCCGAGUUCGGCGCUGAGAUUGAACCUUCGAAGGGUUUGGCACGGACUCGAGCUGGUGGACAGGUGCCCGAGGGCUUCGGACUGACAAGUGGAGGGUCAUCCAACUACUCACUGGCCAGACACACAUGCAAGGCGCUGACCUUCUUGCUGCUUCAGCCCCCGAGUCCCAGGCUGCCUCCCCACAGCACCAUCCGCCGCACUGCCAUCGACCUGAUUGGCCGAGGCUUCACCGUGUGGGAGCCGUACAUGGACGUGUCUGCGGUGCUCAUGGGGCUUCUGGAGCUCUGUGCUGACGCCGAGAAGCAGCUGGCCAAUGUUACCAUGGGUUUGCCUCUCAACCCGCCAGCUGACUCUGCUCGCUCAGCUCGCCAUGCCCUCUCUCUCAUCGCCACCGCUCGACCACCGGCCUUCAUCACCACCAUUGCAAGAGAGGUUCAUCGGUACAACGCAGCUCAGGCAAACUCUCAGUCGCAGCAAAACGUUCACACCACAACUCUGGCCAGAGCCAAGACUGAGAUACUUCGAGUGAUUGACAUCCUGAUUGAGAAGAUGCCCGGAGAUGUUGUGGACCUACUGGUCGAGGUGAUGGAUAUCAUCAUGUACUGUAUUGAAGGUUCUCUUGUGAAGAAGAAAGGACUGCAGGAGUGUUUCCCUGCUAUUUGCAGGUUCUACAUGGUUGCUUACUGUGACCGUAGUCACCGCAUCGCCGUUGGAGCUCGCCAAGGUUCAGUGGCCCUGUAUGAUGUUCGUACUGGAAAAUGCCAGAACAUCCAUGGUCAUAAGGGUCCGAUCACAGCGGUGUCGUUUGCACCUGAUGGCCGAUACCUUGCAACGUACUCCAAUGCUGACAGCCACAUCUCCUUCUGGCAGAUGAAUACCAGUCUUUUGGGCAGCAUCGGGAUGUUGAACUCUGCCCCUCAGCUCCGCUGCAUUAAGACCUACCAGGUCCCUCCGGUGCAGCCAGCGUCCCCGGGCUCCCAGAACCACCUAAAGCUUGCCCGCCUCAUCUGGACCUCCAACCGCAAUGUCAUCAUCAUGGCCCACGACGGCAAGGAGCACCGCUUCAUGGUCUAAACCACAUCUGUAACUCCAGCUGGGCCCUCGCGGUGUGUCGGUUAAUAGUUUUUUGUUGUUGCUACAAGGCAGAGUCUGAAAUGUUGUAGCAUCGAUUCACUUUAGUUUUAGAUUAAAAUAUUUAUCCUGAGCUGCAGAGUCCAACAAUUGAUAAUCGGAAUAAAAGCAAGGAUGAUCGUAAAGCUCAGGUCUGGGUUUUAAUCCUUGUUAGGAAACUCACUCUGUAAUUUAUUGAAAAGCUGUGAUAGAAGGCUUGUUUACGUAAGGUAUUUACUUGUCAUUCUGAUUUAUUUGCUGUUUUUGCCAGAUGUCACGGAUAUCUUUUGUUGCGUUUUGGGUCCUAACUUACUCUUUAUUUAAAGUUAGCCUUCAACUGGCUGAUAUUUCUUACACCCCACCCCUCGAUUUUUGGUUUAGUCCUUCAUAAAAUCACUUUAUAAAUAAAUGUUUGCAAUAUUCACUCUGCAGAAACACUGAACAUGGUUUUGAUACACAAUUAGUCUUUCAAUGUUCUGUUCUUUAUGUAAAACUUUGUUUUGUAAUCACACACUAAAACAACCUAAAAUUAAUUGUAGUAGACUGUUGAAAAUAUAUAAAAUACAUUCCCCAGUGCUUUCUAUAAAUCUUUCGUACUCUGACCUCUUUCAGAGAAGUACUCACAUUUCCGACUGAACGUUUGCUCGCGUGUGUGAGAGAUCUUUGGCAUUUGCUUUUACAUUUGUGACACCUUUAAAUCCUUUUCAUUCUCUCCGAGCUUAACACAGAAAUGUGUGUGUAUGUGUUUACACCCAAGUGUAUUUUCACGAACACACAUUCUCACUUCAGACUGCUCUUUCUAAAAGCAGGAUCACAAUAAAAGUUUGGAUACUGGAGGUGCAGCAUUACUCACUUCAGACAUAAAAAAAGGAUAAAAAGAAUUGCACUAUACAGGUCCGAAAUCAGUUCAAGUUUUGAGUUUAGUACUCCGUCGUACCUGGUACCAUGCUAAUAUAUUUUGUCAAUUAUUUAUCCAGGUUCAGUUUCUUAAAUAAUUCUUACCGUGUUUUCAAUUUGCCUUGAGUUUGAACACAUUAACUUUACUCCGCCUCUUCUAACACUUUAAUUGCAUUUAAAAACAUUAGUUUGCAUCUAUUUUGACAAGCUUUAUUCUCGUAGUACAUGUCUCAUCACCUCCCAAAGGUUGGUUUGGCUAAUCGGAUCAAAAUGCGUUUUAUUCAUCUUUUGCAGCUUUCCAUCUUUAAUUCAUCUUUCUCUCAAUGUGUACACACAGAAUAUAUCAAAAUAUAUAUAUAUGAUUUAUAUAUCAGAACUGCUGCGUAAUGUAGUCUGUAAUCUUGUACAGUGAGUGUAGAUCUUGUUUGCUGUAUAUUGUGGCUAACGUGACCGUCUGCCUAGCACUGACAAGUUUUCCAAAUGAGUGAAUCUCCUGUUUAUAUCGAUUGAAAAUGUUAUAUUUAGUAUAUAUAUAUAUAUAUUGUAGGAUUCCAUUACAUCUUUGAAGAUCGUGACUUUUAUUGGGAGUAAAAAUUGUUUAUUAAUGGGUCACGUUUACAGUUUAAUAAUUCUUAUUUUAUUUUUUAAUGGAAGCUUCAUCUCUUCUUAAAUGUUGCUUGCAUUACUGUUUAAUAGCAGUAGACAAUGAGCUCUUUAUCUUGGAACUAACCAUAUAUAUCGCUUCUCAUAACCAUAUCUAUCGCUUCUUAUAAGGAAUGCAAAAAUCUUUAGCAGCUAACCUUUUUUGCUGAUCUCCAGUGAUUUAUUCUCUCAUCUUGUGAUGUAGAAGUGUACUCCACUGUGUUACAGUUCACCAUGCCUUCAUAGUUUGGUGUCAGUAUUUUUAAUUAUGUCGUUUAACAUUUUCUCUUUUGUUUUGACACCUUUUUGCUACAUUAUACCUUAACUGUAAACUAAUUUCGCUGUUUUAGCAACCUGUUCUCACUCCCUUUUUGUCAAAUACUGAAGCUUGCUCAGUGCUCCCUGAUGUCAGAUACUGACCUUUACCUUCUGUAUGAUUUUAACUAACUCAAAUGUAAACCCAGCAGUGUUCUUAUCAGACACUCAGAGCAAAUUAAUUGCUAUUAAGAGCGAGGAAGUCUGCUUAGGUUCGUGGUGGAAGGUUGCGUCAAACAAACAACGGACACACACGAGGGUGGGGGUGAGGGGGGUAAGAGCAUCAGUACUCAAUUUUCUACAGAAAGAUAAAUAUAUAUACAAAUACAGACAUGAUAUUUAUAGAGUUAACAUUCCAGAAUCCGACUGAAUUGAAAUUUAGAUUUCUGCGACUCUUGGUACAUGAUAUUUGCACUUUAUCAGUUUGAAUUCUAUAUUUUACACUCCUCCUCAUCUCUGUCCUCCAUCCCGUCUUUCCCCUAUCCGGUCAGUUUCAUUGGUCCUGUCAGAACGCUUCUAACACCGUUACACACCUGUAAACCCGAGCAUGUCAAAGCUUUUCACAAGUUAUUUUUCUCUUUAAAAAAUAAUAAUAAAUUCUGCAGCUCGUCAGACGGUGUGCUAAAAACACACGCGCACACACACACGCACACAGACACAGUGGAAGACAGCUUUGGGAUCUUAAUCUUUAGUUUUAUCCACCACUCUUAACAGUUUGAAAAAAUAUGUUUUUGGCAGCUUCCCUUGGGAGGAAAGGUGAGAAAAAUGAAGAAGGCAUCAAGGAAGAGGAGUAAGUAACAAGUGAGGAAGAUCAGGGCAUCCACCCAGAAAAAAUGAGGUUCUUUGGUGGAGGUAAUAAACCGGAAUGUCUAAAAGAAUUGUCAGUUUUUUCUGCAAAUGCAGUAACAUGGAAAAAAAAUAUGACGUGGUGCAGUUAUUGAAACUGUCUCCAGAAACUGCAAAUGUAUUUGUUAUAUUGAUCCUUGACCCUGAAGUGGUUGUGGUUCUGUGAUUUAAUAUAAAUAUGACAGGAGAAUACCUAUAUUGUUUUUGGUCCCUCUUGCUUCUGAUUAUUUAAUUAUUAAUAACAAAGGAUUUACGUCAGUUUAAAACAUGUCUAAUGUGCAAUGAGUCAUGACCAGUCUGUGUUUUAAAGAGUGUCUGCUGAACUUAGUUUUAAAAAUUCAGCUCAGAAUUUUCUGUUCAAUUUUGAAAGUAUUUUCCUUAUUCAUUUAGAUUCAUUUUAUUUAUUGUUCAUACAGUGAACUCAAUCUCAAUAUUAGAAGGUGUGGGUGUGUGUGUUUGCGUGAUGUAGUGCAUGUAUAUGAGCUUCCUUUGAUGUACCACAGAGCAGGUUGAAUCUACAUACGUGUUGUGUUAAAAUGUGUUGUCGUUAACUUUGUGUUCAAUAAAGAUGAAAAAUUAA